ACAUUAUACCUUCUCAGUCGUCACUUCUCUCCUUACAUUCUAACUAUCAUCAUGGUAAACCUCCCAUCACCAUCAGUCUUACAAGCAAUCGGUACUGGCUUUGCAGGUAUCACCGUCGGUAUGACAGCCUCUUGGCCAUUAGUUUGGUAUUCUGUACUCGACAAGACCUCCAAUAGUAACAAAGUUAAACUACUUCACGAGUCUUACCGUAGAGCCACGCUAUUCAUGCCACCUUCGAUUAUUUUAACAACAGCUAGCUACACUCUAGCAAGAAAGCAUUUCAGUUUACCUGCUGUUCUCAUGUUUUCUUUAAUUCCUUACACAGCAUUCGUCGUUUUCCCCGUAAACAAAAAGCUAUUUGCAAAGGAGAACUACCCAGAGGCAGAUGUUGAUGCUGACUCAACAGUUGACAGCCUCCUCAGUAAAUGGAUGUAUAUUCACUCUGUCAGGGUAUUAUUAGCUGCCUCUAGCACAUUCUUUGGAUUCGUGGAAUUAUUCAAGUUACUCAAAAGCGGUGCAUAUUAGUUUAAUUUCAUAAUCAUAAUACAAAGUAAUUUGUAAGAAUAUCUAUAACAUCCAAUUUAGUUCUCGUGUGAACGAAUGAAUUCCUCAAUCUCACGCCAUUGAGUAUCUUCUAUAUUGUAUGACUCAUGAAUUGACGGAAAUUCUCUAGAUCUGACUGCUUCUGCAUACGCAUCAAGCGCUUCCAUUGUCACCUUACCAACAUUUCCAAAUUCCCUAACAAACUUCGGUUUGAAAGCGUCGAAACUGCCUAACAUAUCCGGUUGAACGAGUACUUGACCAGAAGUGGAAUUACCUGCUCCAAUACCAAUUGUAGGUAUUUGAACCAUCUCAGUUAGGAAUUUACCGAGAUUUGGUGGUAUAGCUUCCAGUAGGAUAGCAAAUGCACCCGCUUUCUCAACUGCUUUCACAUCUUGUACAAUUGAUAAAGCACUCUUGGGAGUUUUGCCUUGUACUCUAAAACCUGAUGUUUGCGUAGCACGCUGUGGUUGUAAGCCAGCGUGCGCGAUAACCGGUACACCCGCAUCAACAACUUUUUCUAUCGUUUUUGCUUGUUUUAAACCUCCUUCUAUUUUAACAGCGUCAACACCACCUUCUUGUACUAAUCUGAGUGCAGCUCUCACUGAUUCUUCGUCACUGACACCGAUUGUACCGAAUGGCAUAUCAGCGACUACGAAUGGUGUGGUAGCUGCACGUGUAACAGCUUUACAGUGAUGUAUCAUUUCAUCAAGGGUUAACUGAGACGUUGAUGAAUAUCCCAAUGCUGUAAAUGCUAGACUAUCACCAACUAGAGCAAUAUCUAUACCAUUUAAAUGAUUGUGGUGAGUUUUCUCAAUCGUCAAUCCAGUUGGAUAAUCAUAGGCUGUUAAUACGGUGAUAGGGU